UUGCGAGUCCCGCAGACGGUGACGGCGCUCCCGCCCGAGCGGCCCGGCCCGGCCCUCCCCCGCCCCGGCCCGGCCCCUGUCCCGUCCCGUCCCGUCCGUGCCAUGCCGAGCAGGGGAGAAUGAGGCUGGCCGCGCGGAGCCCCGGGGCCAGCCUGGCAGCCGGAUGCCUGGUGCUGCUGGGGCUGUGCGGGCGGGCUGCGGACGCCGCGGCUUGCCAUGGAUGUACAUCAUCAUCCAAAUGUGACUGUAGUGGUGUCAAAGGUGAAAAGGGUGAGAGGGGAUUCCCAGGUUUAGAAGGUCAGCCAGGUUUACCUGGGUUUCCAGGACCAGAGGGACCCCCUGGCCCUAGAGGUGGACAGGGUGAUGAUGGACUUCCAGGGCCUGUUGGACCCAAAGGAAUCAGAGGACCUCCAGGACUUCCAGGAUUUCCAGGAACACCAGGACUUCCUGGAUUACCAGGGCAAGAUGGGCCACCAGGACCCACAGGUAUCCCAGGAUGCAAUGGAACAAAGGGAGAACAUGGAUUCCCAGGAAGUCCAGGUUUUCCAGGUUUACAAGGCCCUCCUGGACCCCCUGGCUUUCCAGGUAUGAAGGGUGAACCUGGUGAAAUAAUUGUGUCCUCGCUUCCAGGACAGAAAGGUGACUCAGGAUUCCCAGGUCUUCCAGGGAUACCAGGUCCACCUGGUCCCAUUGGUACAUCAGGUCCGAUUGGUCCUCCUGGGCCACCAGGUUUGACAGGCCCUCCUGGUCCACCAGGGCUUCAAGGACCUAAGGGUAAUAUGGGAUUGAAUUUUCAAGGACCCAAGGGUGAAAAGGGUGAACGAGGCCUUCAGGGACCUCCCGGACCUCCAGGACAAAUAGGAGAACAGAAGAGACCAAAUGAUGUUGAGUUCCAGAAAGGAGAUCAGGGUGCACCAGGUGAACGUGGUCCAUCAGGACCUCCUGGGCCACAAGGUCCUCCUGGUCCCCCCGGUGGCAUGAAAGGCGAAAAAGGUGAGCCAGGAGAUCCAGGCAAAAGAGGGAAGCCUGGCAAAGAUGGAGAACCUGGCCAGCCUGGUAGAAACGGUUCACCUGGUGAGCCAGGUAUAAAUGGGGAGCCAGGAAGAGAUGGGGAAAAGGGUGAGAAAGGUGAAAGUGGUCCUCCUGGUCCUCCUGGAAGGAUAAUUUCAAGACCAGGAAAUGGUGCAACAGUGGGACCAAAAGGUAGCAAAGGAUUGUCAGGUCUUCCAGGAUCCAAAGGGGAACGUGGAUAUCCUGGCUUGCCAGGUCCUCCAGGAUUGCCAGGUCCUCCAGGAAUCACAACUCUUGGCCCUCCUGGCCCACCUGGAUUGCCAGGUGAGAGAGGACAGAAGGGGGAUCAGGGUUUACCUGGAAUUUCCAUACCUGGACAGCCUGGACUCGAUGGACAACCUGGACCACCUGGACCGCCAGGUCCCCCUGGACGUCCUGGAUCAGCUGUUCCUUCUCGAAAUGGAUUAUGUGAGCCAGGGCCCCCAGGUCCUCCAGGUCCUCCAGGAGACCAAGGCUUUAUGGGGGAGCAAGGCCAGAAAGGUGAUAAGGGAGAUACAUGCUUCAAUUGUAUAGGAAAUGGCAUAUCAGGGCCUCCUGGGGAGAGGGGACCGGUUGGACCUCCAGGUAGCCUAGGACCUCCUGGUUUCCCUGGACCAAAAGGUGAAAAAGGACUUCCUGGCUUAGCUGGGCUGGAAGGGCAACGAGGAUUUCCAGGACCUCCAGGUGCCCCUGGGCGACCUGGUCCCAAAGGGGACCCAGGGGACAUCCUCACUUUUCCAGGAAUGAAGGGUGAAAAAGGAGACCCUGGUUUCCCAGGACCUCCAGGUCUUCCUGGUAUAGAUGGGUCUCCUGGACGAGAUGGACUGCCAGGUCUUCCUGGACCCAAAGGGGAGUCUGGUAGUGUUGUCUUCAAAGGGGAAAUGGGGCCUCUAGGUGAUCCAGGAGUACCAGGUCUUCCUGGAGACAGAGGACCUAUCGGACCUCCUGGUUUUGGCCCUCAAGGUCCACCAGGUGAAAAAGGCAUUCAGGGUGUAUCCGGUCGUCCAGGCCCCCCAGGAGUUCCUGGUCCAAAAGGUGAGCCUGGUCAGACUCUUACAGAACAAGGAGUUCCAGGUGCCCCUGGUCCUCCCGGCAGAAAUGGUGAACCAGGUCUUCCAGGUGACCCUGGUCAGCCAGGUCAGUCUGGCUUACCAGGCAUCCCAGGUGCAAAGGGAGAGCCAGGUCUGCCUGGCAUUGGACUUCCAGGCCCACCAGGGCCAAAAGGUUUCCCUGGAGUGCCUGGCCCACCUGGAGCACCAGGAAGCCCUGGACGACCUGGUCUAGAUGGGCCACCCGGACAGCCUGGUUUCCCAGGACAGAAGGGGGAACGUGGAUUUGGUGUCCCAGGACCCCCAGGACCUCCAGGGCCAGUGGGUCCAAAAGGACUACUGGGACCCAAAGGGGAUCCUGGCUUUCCAGGAAGCCCUGGUCUUCCAGGACGGGCAGGUUUUGAUGGAGCUCCAGGGCCAAAAGGUGACCCUGGACCAAGUGGAUCACCAGGGCUCUCAGGUCCACCAGGGUUCCCCGGCAUUGGUGGUCAAGGUCCACCCGGACCACCUGGACCUCCAGGACCUUCAGGGCCACCAGGACCCCAGGGUGUUCCAGGGGAGAAGGGGGAUCCUGGUCCCCCAGGGUUCGACAUUCCUGGUCCUCCAGGUGACAGAGGUAUUCCAGGAUUUCCUGGACCUCCUGGUCUUCUGGGUCCACCAGGUCCACCAGGUCCACCGGGACGGGAUGGAAUACCAGGAUUUGCAGGUGCCAAAGGUGAGAUGGGUGUGAUGGGAGCUCCAGGUCCACAAGGCCCUCCUGGCAUUCCUGGACGAAAUGGCCUUCCUGGCCCCAAAGGCAAUGAUGGUUUACCAGGUCAGCCGGGAUCACCUGGAUUUGAUGGACUAAAAGGUGUCAAAGGUGAAACAGGCCUCCCAGGUGCCCCUGGGAAAGUUGAUCCAAGUCAGCUGGGAUCAAAAGGAGAGAAGGGUGAGCCAGGUGUCCCAGGUAUUUCUGGAAUACCAGGUCAGAAAGGUUAUCAAGGGCUCCCUGGUGACCCAGGGCCACCUGGCCUUAAUGGGCAGCCAGGUACACCAGGAUUACCAGGUCUGAAAGGAGAGCCUGGGCUGCCAGGACAACCAGGACUAACAGGCCCUCCGGGACUAAAAGGUGCCAUGGGAGAGAUGGGGCUUCCAGGGCCCCAAGGUAUUAAAGGCUCCCAAGGAACAGCAGGACGCCCUGGCCCAUCUGGUCCUCCUGGAAUUCCUGGGUUAAAGGGAGAGAAAGGUGACCCAGGGCUUUCAGACAUUGGCAUCCCAGGCCUCCCUGGUCCCAAGGGGGAUCCUGGUUUGCCUGGAUACCCUGGUAGCCCUGGCAGCAAAGGAGUAGCUGGAAAUCCUGGUUUGCCUGGAUUGCCAGGCAGUGCUGGUACAAAAGGAGAACCAGGCCUUCCUGGAUUUUCAGGAACACCAGGAAUUCCAGGACCAAAAGGAAUCGAUGGCCCUCCAGGUAAUCCUGGUCUGCCUGGGUCGCCUGGGUCACCAGGUGAUGUUGGCCGCCCUGGCUCUCCAGGUUCUCCAGGAGAGAAAGGACAACCAGGUCGAGAUGGUAUUCCUGGACCAGCUGGACAGAAGGGUGAACCGGGUCUCCCAGGUUUUGGGCGCCCAGGACCUCCAGGACUCCCAGGAUUAUCAGGGCAGAAGGGUGAAAUGGGAUUGCCUGGUCCUCCAGGAGUCCCUGGACGUCCAGGUCUAAAGGGUGAACCAGGUUUCCAGGGAUUCCCUGGUCCUCAAGGUCCAGCAGGUCUACCAGGCCCCCCUGGGCCACCUCUGGAAGGUCCUAAAGGUAGUCCUGGCCCCCAAGGCAUACCAGGAACAUCAGGUCCACCAGGUCCGGAAGGUCCCCGAGGACCCCCGGGAAGUGGAGGACUUCAAGGGGAAAAAGGAAACCCAGGUCCGCCUGGCCAGCCUGGCCUGCCUGGUCUGAAAGGAGAUCAAGGACCCCAUGGUCGUCAGGGUGAUCCUGGUCGUCCUGGUCUGAAUGGAAUGAAAGGUGACCCUGGGGUUCCAGGCGUUCCAGGUUUUCCAGGUAUGAAGGGGCCCGUUGGACCUCCAGGACCAGUCGGCCUUACAGGUAGUCAGGGCCCAGCAGGCCCACCAGGUCCACCAGGCUUACCUGGCCCCACUGGACAAACCCUUGUAUAUAAAGGUGAUCCAGGUCCUCCCGGUGCUCCAGGCCAACCUGGAGCCAAAGGGCCACCUGGAUUGCCAGGCCCACAAGGACUUCCAGGCCCAAUAGGACUUCCUGGGGAUGCUGGGCGAGAUGGACUCCCCGGGUUUGAUGGUCCAGCAGGGCGCAAAGGUGACAAAGGACUUCCUGGCCAUCCAGGUUCACGAGGUUUACAGGGGCCCCCUGGUCCGGACGGCUUGCAAGGCCCACCAGGUCCUCCUGGAGCAGCCUCUGUUGCUCACGGAUUCCUGAUAACUCGACACAGCCAGACGACAGAUGCACCAUUGUGCCCACAAGGAACAGCAAGGCUGUACGACGGAUUUUCUCUUCUCUAUGUCCAGGGAAAUGAGAGAGCCCAUGGCCAGGACUUGGGCACUGCCGGUAGCUGUCUGCGCAGGUUUAGCACCAUGCCCUUCAUGUUCUGUAACAUCAACAAUGUUUGCAAUUUUGCAUCAAGAAAUGAUUAUUCCUACUGGCUAUCCACUCCAGAACAAAUGCCCAUGAGCAUGGAGCCGCUGACUGGGAAGAGUAUCCAGCCAUUCAUUAGCCGAUGCGUAGUAUGUGAAGCUCCAGCCAUGGUCAUAGCAGUCCAUAGUCAGACCAUUCAAAUACCAUCGUGUCCACUAGGAUGGGAUUCUCUUUGGAUUGGUUAUUCUUUCAUGAUGCACACAAGUGCAGGUGCAGAGGGCUCUGGACAGGCCUUAGCAUCUCCAGGAUCCUGUUUGGAAGAAUUUCGCUCAGCCCCUUUUAUUGAGUGUCACGGGCGUGGUACUUGUAAUUACUAUGCCAACUCGUACAGUUUCUGGCUGGCAACUGUAGAGAUGUCAGAAAUGUUUAGUAAACCUCAGUCAGAGACACUGAAAGCUGGAGACCUGAGGACACGUGUUAGCCGUUGCCAAGUUUGUAUGAAGAGGACGUAACAUCCUGGAGAUUUUUUGUGAAACAAUUAAAUUCCUCGGGUGCACUCUCCUCCAGCUGCAACAAUGGUGCUACUGUGCAGAAAGAACAAAGCAAAUCCAAACUGUUUAACUGAUUCAGGUGUGCCUCGCCAAAGUGCCAAACCAAGGGCUGCUUGGUGCGUGUUGGACAAAAGGAUUGAGACAAGGACUUGACCUCUUGAAAAUGGAAGAGAUGCUGGAGGUUACAAAGGAUCAGAAGAUGAAGUUUUAAUUUCUCUCCCAGUAUCAAAAUGGCACCCACCUUUCUGAUCAACCAAGAGAAAAAAAACAAAACAAGCCACAUGGCACUGAGUAUGUUGAAAGUAACAAGACUGCAGUUCUGAAAAACAUUUUCAUGGUGCUACUAACCCUACCAUAUCCCAGGUUUUUAAUAUGAAAUGUUAAGCUUAUUUCUCUUUGUAAGUAAUGAAAUGUGUAUAUUGUGUAAACACCUUUUAGUUCACAGUUCCAGUCAUUUAGACACAAGCCAGCCUAAAAUCACUGUUCAAAAAAAGUGUAUACUCCCCUCCUCCCCAAAUCUACUUUUUAAAUAUCCGACAGGACUUUAUAUCCAAUCUAUGGCAAUGGGAGAACCUAUACCUCUUGUACCAAACUACUACUGAUUUUUUAAAUUUAAAUUCUUCCCCUAAGUGCCAGUCAGACUUCCUUCGGGAAACGUACAAUAAUUCUGUAGUCCUUUUGAUCAGAGUUUUCAGCGUUUUACUGUACACCAUGCUAUCAGUGGUUUUAUUUGUGCUUAGAAAUCCCGGACCAUUUUAAAAGGACUUUUUGUAUUCUGUGAAAAUAUGUGAAAUGCUUAGCCAUAUCUAUAUCCUUUUUUGAAUAAAUCAAGUCAUAGUCAGUUUAGCAGUAGCCGGUCUGGUUCAGCAAAUAUACCCCUUGGAAAUAUCCAAAUACCAAAGCAAUUAAGAUUAUGCUUACAAAAAAACCCUCUCUUUACUCCGAAGUGAGAUUAAUAUAUAUAUAUAUAUAUAUAUAUAUAUAUAACCCAGAAUAGCUGUACACUCUGAAAAACCUUAUGAAUGAAAUAAAGCAAGAACUGGUAAAACAGCUUUUUCAUAAUAUUUACAAGUUAAUCUUUUGAUCGGUCUCAUGUGAAUUGUAUUGAUACACAGCCAGUUUACACAAUGCAACAGCUUUUGUGUAUGUAUAGUUCACGUAAGGCCAUGAAAGAUGGUGCGGUUCCUUGUUUAUUGCAUUAUUAUUAUGUAAGAAUCCUGCUGUGCGUGUCCUAGAUUGUCACAACUUGUGCAAUAGCUGAAAAGAAGUGGUCACUUUUUUGAACACUGCCUGUGAUUGUUCUGUUUCUGUGGUCAAUACUGUUUCUUGCACUUAUGUAUAAGCAUUUAGGGCUCCCCAGCAAAGGGAGUGUCUGCUUGUUUAUUUUCCAGAUGGUCAAUCUCUUUCUUAAUAUUUUAAUUGUAUUUCCCACUUGCACCAUUUAUUAGCACAAACUUAGCCUGAGAAUUUCUAUACUGCUUUAUAAAGGUGAAGUAUUUUUCAGCUAACUUUGAGUAAUGUUAACUAAUUUAUCUAUGAGCAUGCUAAUGGCUAUUCUGCCUCUGCUCCUCCACUUCUGCCACCACCCAAGAGCUAGAUACUUACUGACUUUUAGAUAUAUAGAGGUAAUCUAUCCUUGCUGAAAGCCAAGACAUAGGAUUGAGCUUGCUGAGCUAGAUGGCAAAAGGUCUGAAAAUAAGUUGAGUGGUGACUUCGAACGCAUUUGAGUAAGUAUGAAAAUGGUCAUUAUACUAAAGUUUACAUUAAAAUAGAAAAGCUUCCUUUGGUGUGCUUGAAAUGUAAAGUGUAGUUUGUGGGCCUCUCAUUUUGUUUCUACUCUUGACCCCUUGGUCUUAUGCUGACAGAAGGCUCUUCUGCCUGUUACCUGCAAAGGAAGUGGGGAAAUCAGCCACAUGCUUCCUUCAACUUGAAGUUCUCUCUCAUAAAACAAACUCAAGCAGAACCAGCUGCUUCUGCUGCAGUCCCCAAGCCAGAAAACUGCUAACCAUAACUCCUUCCCUUCCAGCCUUAACACUUUAACUUACUGCUGCUUCCUGAAAGCCUUGCAUCAUGCCCUAAAAGUCCACACAGUCAGAAUGUUUUGGAGCCAUCAGGAAAUAGGUUGCAAGUUAAUGGCCCAUCAGGAGGAUGCCUUCCCAGCAAGCCCUGGUUUUUGUUUUAUUUUCCAAUACCAAAUCAACUGAGUGCUUGUACUGGUAACAGCUGAGCAGGGGGGCAGGGUGGCAGCCUCUCAAGUGUUCUUGUAUUUGGGAACCUGUUGAAAAGCAGGAGCAGGGCUCCAGAGUUCUACAUGCAAUUUUCUAUACCGUGGGUUUAUACUCUGCAGCAUUUAAAACCCUAAUAUUUGAACAUCAGUAAAUCAUAGUAAGUAUAGUUCCAAGGCUAGCAGUGGCUAAACCACUUACUUCCCGGUUCCUACCUGUGAGUGGCGAAGCUGCUUCCCUCUAGUUCCAGAUACCUAUGAAAUAUCCUACUUAGAAUGAAAGACAGCAGAUGAGCAGCACAUUGGUUCAUGCUGUUUAGUUGCCAACCCUGCCUGGUGCAUAAGCUGCUCUGUUUUGUAUGUCAUUUCUGCCAUGAAGUACAGAGAAAUGCUAGAACUCAAAGCCUAAGCAAGUUGAGCUUGACAUUGUUUUAUUCAAAGAAAAACAAAGCCCUAAAGAUGAAAGAUGGGUUUGUAGUUCUUGGUUUAGUUCUCACCUCUGCUGCUGAUUCCCUGCGACUGUAGACAAAUCAUUGAAUCUCUCUGGGUUUUAGUUUCUCAGUUCUAAAAUGGAGAGGAUUACGAUGUUCUCCCACCUUUCGUCUUACUCGCUUAGAUUGUAAGCUCUAUUGAGCAGAUACGUCUCUUAUUACAUGUAUGUGCAACAACAGGGGCCCAGUCUUGGAUGGGACCUCGAGGUGCUAUCGUAACACAAAAAUCAUUAAACCAGAGGUAAUCCCU